AUGGUGGUGGCAGCCUACAAUGCGGACAUGAUGGGGAAGGCCAUGAAUGUGGCUCGGCGGCUUCGGCUAGCAGGGAAGUCCGUUGACGUCCUUCCGGAGGCCGCGCGCAGGGUGAAGAAGGCUUUCCGGUACGCAGACAAGGUCGGAGCCGCGAAGAUCGCUUUCGUGGCACCCGACGAGUGGGAGAAGGGCGAGGUCCGGGUCAAGGAUUUGCGGUGCCCCAAGGACACGCCUCCUGAGAAGAUUCAGGUGGACAUUCCCCUGGACAAGCUGUCAGAGCUGGAUAGGACUUUCGGUGGGGACCUUGGCAACGGAUUUGGGGCUUUAGGUCAGAUGGUCGGUCUCACUGGUGACGCUGGCGCGGCUUCCUGCUUCAAUUUUCCUGUGCCUAGCGGGCCAUCGAUGCGGGUCUUGAUCAUGCCGAGAAUGACCUCCUUCUUGGAUCGGCUCCCGCUUGGCUUGUAUUCUUACUGGGAUGAGGGAGCUUCUGCUUCUCCUUUGUUCGUGCAUGACUGUUAUGGCUGGUGGGACAAAAGCAUCUUCGAGCGGUACCUCGGGAAGUAUGGCGAAGGAUUGUCCACAGAAUACGUCGUCCGAGAGGUGCUUCUCGGCCUCUUGGUGGCAAAGGUUACGGUGGCCUUUGCAUUCAUGGAGCCGCUCUCAGAUCUGGCGAUCACGAAAUACUGCAAGUCUCAGCGUUUCCCACAGCCCACAGUGCCAGACUUGCACACCUUUCCGAGAUUGGUGAUUCUUGCUGGGCUCCUCAUGGUCCUGGUGUCAGUGACGAAGCUCUCCCGCUUCAUCACGCUGAGAAGCUCUGAGGUCAUGCUGGGCUUCUGCAACGGUCUGGCUAUCGUCAUCGGGUUGUCUCAGCUGCAUCCCUUCGAGGACCCUGUAACACACCACUGGAAGGAAGGGAUGGAGAUGAUCUGGAUGCUGGUUAUCUGCUUCUCGAGCAUGAUCGUCAUGGAGUUCUUGCCCAAGAUCCCGCUGAAGAUCUUCAAAGUGGUGCCUUCCUCGCUCUUGGCCAUCAUCUCGGCCAUCGUGAUCGAGUUCGCGAUCGUGCGAAGCACUGGCUCGCGAACCUCCACCAUUCGCGACGUCAGCGAGUUUACCCUUGACACGGCCUUCCCCAUUCCAUUCUUCAUCAGCACGGAUGCUGUGAGCUACGACCUGGCCCCCAUCUUGACGGGGGACGGGAUUAGCAAGAUCAUCAUCCAGGGCAUCUUCCUGUGCCUCGUGGGCUCGAUCGAGUCGCUGAUGACGGCCGAGGUCGUCGAGUCCUUCACCAAGGAGCCCGGCAACGGAGACCGCACCGUGCUAGCCAUGGGCGCGGCCAAUGUCCUCAGCGGCUUCUUAGGGGGCAUGGGAGGCAAUGCAAUGAUCGGCCUUUCUACCGUGAACUGCUUGAAUGGUGGUAAGGGGCGCUUAGGCCCCUGCGUCACAGCUCUGGGAAUCAUGGCCUGCGUCAUGGGCGCCUAUCCAUUGCUCAAUUACAUCCCUGUUGCUGCCUUAGCCGGCAUUAUGCUGGUCGUUGUGUUGCACACCUUCAAGUGGUUCACGAUCCCUAUGGUGUUGGCGGCCUUCCUCCCGAAGAGCAUGCGUGAGAAGCUGGGCCUGCAGCGCAAGGUGCCGAGGAUAGAUGCCAUCGUCAUCAUCAUUGUGACGAUCCUGUGCAAGUGGCCGGCAGGCACCAACAUCGCGGUGGCGGUGGGCGUCGGUGUUGCAAUCUGUUCGGUGUCGUACGCCUGGAAUUCCGCGGACACGUUCGAGGUCAUCGUGUCCGAGAAGGAAGACGUGAAGCAGUACUUCAUCCACGGGCCGUUCUUCUUCACCUCCGCCAACCGUUUCCUGAAGAUGUUGAAUGCCGACGAGGACCCAGAAAAGGUCGAAGUCGUGUUCUCCGAAGCCACGUCGCUCUUCGACUACUCUGCCAUGCAGGCCAUGAACAAGGUCAGCGCUGAGUACAAGUCCAAGGGUAAGCAGAUUGUCUUCAAGUCGCUGUGCUCGAAGAGCACGAAGUUGAUCAACAAGGCCUCGCACUUGAUGUCUGAGACGGAGUACACAGAGCGAGACAUGGAGGUGGCCGACCUCCACGGCGUGGAGUGGGGCGGCGGUGAUCUUCCCGAGGGCGGUGAGCUGGGCCAUGCCCUGUCGAGGUAUGGGCUGCCCAGCCUGCAUCCCGAGAAUGGCUCCCGCAACGGAACGAAAGACUCUCCGGCACAAGUGGUCAGCGCCAACGACCUGACCGUGGUUGUGGGCAACGUGAACGAGGCUGCGAAUGUUCUGAAGGAGCCAACCCGGUCGCCCUCGCGGACUCGGCGCACGCCUGGAUGCAUCGUGGUGUGCCCAUGUGGGUCUCCUAUUUGA